AUGUCCUCCGACUUUUACACCUCUUCCCAUAACAAGUACUGGCUGGUUACUCGCCCGGUCAUUCUCGACGCACGCCAAACAGACCUCAAGUACUGCAGUCCUAGACAGCUCUACUGUCUAUAUAUCUUCUUCUCCCAGCUCAUACAAAAGCUCGGCAAGAGGCUACAGCUUCGGCAGAUCCCUAUCGCUACUGCAUGUGUCUUCUUUCGGAGGUUCUACUUGAAGAAUAGCAUAUGCGAGACCAAUCCGUACUUGGUGCUGUCGGCUUGUGUGUACGUCGCUGCCAAAGUGGAGGAAACACCGGUACAUAUCAAGAGUGUAGUGAGCGAGGCGAGGUUGAUAUUCAGCGAACACAACAUAAAGAUGUUCCCCGCAGAGAGCAACAAGCUCGGCGAAAUGGAGUUUUACCUCAUGGAGGACCUCGAUUUCCACCUGGUCGUUUUUCACCCCUACCGCGCCCUCAUUAGCCUCACUGGUAGAGAACCGUCAGAUACUGGAAAAUGGGACAUGUCCCGGGUGGAGGAGGAGCAGGUGAUGAGGAAGAAGGAGGCGGACAAAAAGAAGGCGAGGAGUGAUGAGAUCAGAAAGGGAGGGGCUAAGGGGCAAGUCACUUCGGCAACGCUGGACGACGACGAUGAGAGCGAGGAAGAACGGAUACGACGAUUGAUGGGGAGAGGGUCGGGGGAGGGGACUAUUGAGAUGGAUGAAGGUGUUUUGCAGAUAUCAUGGUUCAUUGUCAACGACUCUUAUCGUACGGACGCCAUCUUACUCUAUCCGCCAUACAUAAUAGCCCUAUCUGCCCUCUACAUCGCCUUCUGCCUCACAUCCAUGUCCAACUCGACCUCUCGCACCCGUAAUGCCUCAACCCAAAUUCAUUCCUUCGCCUCCUCCCUCUCUACCAACAACCAACUACACCUCUCUCCCCCCCCUGCGAGCGCCGCAGAGUUUCUCGCAGGGUUCCAACUAAAUCUGCCGAUGCUGUUUGGGUGCGUGCAGGAGAUAGUGGGAUUGUAUCCUAUCUGGGAGGCUUUUGAGCCGACGUUGAGAGGGGCCCAAGGGCAGCAAAAGGGGACUGGGGGACUGGCAGGAACGGGGAAGGGGGAGCAGAAAGACAAAUUCGGGGUGGAGGAGGCGGAAGCCCUGGUCAGAAGAAUGAUAGAAGGGAGAAUGACUGACCUCGGUCAUCCGGAUGACGGGGGUGCAGAUAGGCCAGGGGCUUCUUCACGUAAAAGGACAAGAGUCGAUUAG